UUGAAGCUACAAUGAUUCAGCAAUACUGCCUGAUUAACCGUACACAUAUAAAGCAAGGCUGAUUUUUUUUUAGCAUUAUCACUGUGUAGAGCCAAGAACAAAACACACGUCAACAUGCCCGCUUAUCGUCUGCACUACUUUGAUGUCCGAGGCCGAGGAGAAGUUGCCCGGCUUAUGUUUAACGCCGCAGGCCAGAAAUUUGAUGAUGUCCGAUACACGAAAGAGACCUGGCCAGCAUUUAAACCCAAAACGCCAUUCGGUCAGUUACCUGUAUUAGAAGUAGAUGGUAAACUGUACGGUCAAUCUGGCGCCAUCUUUAAUUACCUAGCUAAAGAACUGGGUUUCUAUGGUAAAGGAAACCUGGAAGCAUUAAAGGUAGAUGUUGUUAUUGGUCUCGUCAAUGACUUUGUUCCACUCAUGAUAAAAGUAUUCUUCAUAGAACAAGACGAAGCGAAAAAGAAGGAGCUUAAAGAAAAACUACUAACUGAAGAUGCUACAAAAUUCUUCACCAAUUUUGAGAAAGUAUUAAAAGAAAAUGGCAGCACUGGUUAUUUUGUUGGCAAAGAGUUAACGAUGGCCGACAUUGUUGUUUAUGAUUUAGCCGAUAAUUUAAUUACACACAAUGCGGCUAUUGUCGAUCCAUAUCCACUACUAAAAGCCAAUCGCCAGAAGGUUGAAAGUAAUAAAGGAAUAGCUGCGUACCUGAAGUCAAGAAAAUAAACUGAUAUGUUGUAGUUGAUGGUAGACGUCAUUGUUGAUAGUUGUUUUGGACAUCGUAAAAAUAUUUAUAUCAUAUCAUAGAUUAUUACAUCGAUAAUAAAUUCACUUUGUUGGUAAAAACUGU